AUGAGUAGAUGGCCAUGGCAGCAAAGAGACUAUAACCAGCUAUCAACAGGAUCAUCCUCCACGACCAGGGUGAGGCCAAACAAAAAGCAGGUUAUCAUCACCAUACUGAAAUGGGUUGCUGUGGCUACCGUCUGUGGUGUGAUUACCUUCUUUACACUAUUCGGCAUUGAUUUUAAUUCCCGGAUCACACCAAGAGAUUACCUCGCUUCAACACGACCAGCAUCAGGCCCACUUUCUUCCACUUGUUUUAAAGCAAAGCAUACACUACGCAGCCAGCAUUAUGGAAUCAUACCCAGUGUCCCUGUCAAAGAAGGUGAUGUGUGUUUUGAUUAUGCUGGUUUGAUACGCAACACCAAUACCACAUCCAACACCUCAUCUACGGUAUAUCAUACAUACUGGUCUUCUCAGAUGACAAACGACCUCACACAGAAUCAGAUCGCCAGUCUACGUUCAUUUGCAGCCACACAAGCAUCCCAACAUACCCUUUUCUUUUGGAUUUUGUCAAAGGAUAAAUCUCAUCUACUCAAAUCAGAUAGCUUAUGGCACACGGUCAACUCUUCCAACAUCCAGCUCAAGAUCAUUGAAGACGAAUUAACUGCACUGUUAGAACAUACACCGCUUAGAGCGCUGGAAGAGAGACAUAUGCAAGAGCUGCUUAGAUUAGUGUCCCUGUAUUUGUAUGGCGGGGUUUGGUUCAAUUUGGAUGUGCUGCUUGUACGAGAUCUAUCGCCAUUGCUACAUUUGGAGUGGUUGACACAAGCAACAUGCUUCGAACUAUCUCAAUUUGCUUCAGCUUCCACUGUCGAUAGUAGGUUUGAGGGUGCCCUGAUGCAUUUCUUUGCUGGAUCGCCCUAUGUCUGCGAAAUGUUGAGCGUGGCAUCUGAUGAAUUGAGUGGUGCAGUGAAUGGAUUGAAGCCGCUGAAAUCAUUAGGGCCAGAUUUGUACGCUCGAGUCUUUCAUCGUGUGCUCAAGGCAAGGAUCACGCCGUGGGCAGUGUUACCGUGGUGCUUUACAGACCCAUCGCAAUGUCAGACAUCCAACGCUCUACCCAACGCAUUUGACAAUGUUAGAAGCUUCAAUGUAGAUCAUGUAAACAAUAUCUUUGCUUACCAUUGGCAUGAAAAAUGGAAGUCUUCGCCAGGCUCGAUAUUCAAAUAUUUAGUCGAACAGCAUAAGCAGAUUGUUUCUUGGUAA